GUGUGUUAGAAAAAACAUGCUUUUAUUCAAAUGGAAGUGAGGUCCUCACAGUUAAUGGUGACUUUGAAACAUAUGAUGAUCUUUUGCCAAACAUAGUUGAAAACAGUUCCAAGACUGAUCCCAGAAUGGAUCUCAGCACAGAGUCCUCUUCCUGGGCCACGACGCCUUUACCCCACGUUGACCAAAUGAACAAGAAUUCAAAUAUAUUUAGAGACUCUUUCCAGGAAAAUUCGUUUGCUCUUGCAACUCAAGCCACAGUGCUCAGUCGUCAGCCUGUGCACGAUGCUGCCUUGGCAGAGGGCCCUGAAGACAACACCCAGCUUUUUGCCACCACAGAGGAAGCAACUUUGCUGUCUAUAGAUGCAUCCUUUAACAACACAGAGAGGAUGACCACUCUGCCAGUAUUAAGUUCUACCCGUCCACCUGUGUCACAAAAAGUGGAUCAGAAAAAAAGUGCCUGCAUAAGUAUCACCAACAGCCAGUGCCAAAUGCUGCCAUAUAACUACACCACUGUAACCUCAGUUCUUUCCAUUGUCAAAAGUAUUGAAAUGGAAAAGUUCCUGAAGUUCUUCAGUUAUCUUAAGCGUCUCAGCUGCUAUCGACACAUCAUGCUGUUUGGCUGUAGUCUUGCUCUUCCUGAAUGCAUCAGUGACGGUGAUGACAGUCGAGGCCUCUUGCCCUGCAGAACAUUUUGUGAGGCAGCAAAGGAAGGCUGUGAACCAGUCCUGGGUAUGGUAAAUGCUUCUUGGCCAGAUUUCCUGAAGUGUUCUCAAUUCCAAAACAAAACUGAAAAUGACACUACUACCAGGGUAUGCUUCUCACCUCACCAAGAAAAAGGAAAGCAGUCACUGUGUGGAGGAGAGGAGAGUUUCUUGUGUGCCAGUGGGAUCUGCAUCCCAGGGAAACUGCAGUGUAAUGGCUACAAUGACUGUGAUGACUGGAGUGAUGAGGUCCAUUGCAACUGCAGUGAUGAUGUAUUUCAUUGCAACACAGGAAAAUGCCUAAAUUAUACCUUUGUUUGUGAUGGAUAUGAUGACUGUGGAGACCUUAGUGAUGAACAGAACUGCGAUUGUAAUCCAGUGACGCAUCAUCAGUGUGGAGAUGGGAGAUGUAUAACAGCUGAUUGGGUAUGUGAUGGUGACCAUGAUUGUACAGACAAAUCAGAUGAGGUCAACUGCUCAUGUCACAGUCAGGGGCUGGUGGAGUGCAGAAAUGGGCAGUGCAUUCCUAGUGCUUUCCAGUGUGAUGGAGAUAAUGACUGCAAAGAUGGAAGUGAUGAAGAAAACUGUAGUGAAAAUCAAACUCUCUGUCAGGAGGGAGACCAGCGGUGUUCUUCCUGUCCUGAUCCCUGUGGAACGUCUCUCUGUGAGAUGAGAAACAGCCAGGCAAACUGCAGUCAGUGUGAACCAAUUACUCUGGAACUUUGUAUGAACUUGCCUUACAACUAUACUUAUUACCCAAACUACCUGGGUCACAGGACGCAGAAGGAAGCCUCUAUCAGCUGGGAGUCUUCUCUUUUCCCAGCCUUGGUUCAGACCAACUGCUAUAAGUACCUGAUGUUUUUUGCCUGUACAAUCUUAGUACCAAAAUGUGACCCCUAUACAAAUCAGCGGAUCCCACCUUGCAGGACGUUGUGUGUACAGUCUAAGGAACGCUGCGAGGCUGUACUUGGGAUUGUAGGUCUGCAGUGGCCAGAAGAUACAGACUGCACUCAGUUUCCAGAGGAGAACUCAGACAACCAAACUUGCCUAACACCAGAUGAAGAUGUAGAAGAAUGUUCACCCAGUCACUUCAAGUGCCGCUCUGGGAGGUGUGUCCUGGCAUCCAGAAGAUGUGAUGGUCAAGCUGACUGUGAGGACGAUAGCGACGAGGACAGCUGUGGUUGUAGAGAAAGGGGUCUUUGGGAGUGUCCUUUGAAGAAGCUGUGCAUCAAACACACUAUGAUCUGUGAUGGUUUCCCAGACUGCCCUGACAUGAUGGAUGAAAAGAACUGCUCAUUUUGUGAAGAGAGUGAACUUGAAUGUGCCAACCAUGAAUGUGUGUCACGUGAGCUCUGGUGUGAUGGGCAAGCAGACUGCAGUGACAGCUCAGAUGAAUGGGACUGUGUUACCCUGUCUAAAAACAUGAAUUCCUUGAUGUUCCUGACCAUUCACAGGUCAGCUGCUGAUAACCAUGUUUGUGCUGAUGAGUGGCAAGAAGAGUUAAGCCAACUGGCCUGCAAUCAAAUGGGUUUAGGGUAA